GCCGAUAGUGCUCCAUCCAGCGCCGUGCUCCCUUAAAUCUAUUUGUAGUUGGGCCGCGAUGAAAUGCCGUGCAUGCAUUUCCCACAAACCGAUCUAAAUUCUAUUCGGCCUUCAACGUAACAUACUGUGCGUGAUCGAUCUUACCGAGUAGUAUAGCUAGAGAUGGCCGGAGGUGAGGAGUAUCUGGGCGGUGGAGUGGGGGAUAUCUACGGUGAGGAUUCUGCCACUGAGCAUCUCUCUAUCACCCCGUGGACUUUCUCCGUCGCUAGUGGAUAUAGUUUGAUGCGUGAUCCGCACUACAAUAAAGGGCUUGCAUUUAGUGAUCAAGAGAGAGAUGCCUAUUAUUUGCGUGGCCUUCUACCUCCUGCAGUUAUGUCCCAGGAACUUCAGGAGAAGAAGUUGAUGCAUAAUCUUCGUCAAUAUGAAAUCCCACUUCAACGAUACAUGGCCAUGAUGGAUCUUCAGAUGAAGGCUUUGAGGAACCCGAGGACAUCAAGACCAUAAGAAAAGCUAAAAGGAUACCUUGAAGAAUAUUAAAACGAGAGAUAAAAAAACUCUUUAUCAUUCACCAAGCUUUGAAUAAAAUUAUGUUCGGGAAGGUAGCAUGUGCAAUUGCAAGCAAGGAAGCUUCGCAGAUAUUAGAGAAUUGAUUUCAAAGGAGUAGAUAAUAAAGUAAAGAAAGUAAGACUCCAAAGUUUUCGAAUUAUGUUUGGAGCUUCAAAUAUGAACUCUUCGAAAUCCAUUGAUGGUUAUUUCUCAAAAGUUCAAAUCUUUGUUGAUCAACUAAAAAGAUAUGGAGAAGGAAGUAAAGAAACUCAAGUGGUUGAAAAAGUUCUCCGGUCUUUAUAUUCAAAUUUUGACUACAUAGUUGUGGCAAUAGAAG